AGCUUAUGCUCAAAUAAAUUGGUUAGUCUCUGAGGUGCCACAAGUACUCCUUUCCUUUUUGUAGGAUAGCUGUUUAUCAUGGUCUUGCUGUGUCAAUUACUUUCCUUAUUUCCAGACACUAUGCAAUAACUGGACAAGUUGUUUGCAUAUACAACUGGAAUCAACUCCACACAGUAAGAAACUUGGAGUACUACAGUUUCAGGAGGACCUCUGGGGGCAGUGAUCUCAGAGCAUGUGUAUUGUGAGUUAUUGCACCUGGUUGAAGGAGAGAAGGAAGAUCUAUUUAUUUACAAAAACGUCCUUUCUCCUAAACGUUCAUUAGUUAUUGGAAUUACACAAAGGAUCAGAAGAAUCAAAGUAAAGUCACAGAGUUGACUGAUCUAUUUUCAGUCUGUUGGCUUUUGUGAUGUCAUAAUUGCAUGAGUUUUCCAGUAAUGACAGUAUCUUCCAGGGCUGAUAAGAACUGAAUUUCUAAUGCAGAAAAACAAAAAUAUUUUAGGCAUUGUUUAAAUAAACAGAGGAAAGGGGACAAACAAAGUUUUUUUUUUUCUUUGCUGGUUACUUAUGGAUAGUGAAAUAUUGUUAAUUAGACCCAACUUAGCCACUUUUGGAGUGUCAGUGAUUGUCCUUAACACUGCUCAGUGUUUCUUAUUAUAUCUUGUCAGGAUUCUUUAAUUGUGCUGCAAAGCCAAUACAGAAGACAGUUCUGCAGAAAAUGCUGGACUCCACAAUUUGUUGCAGAUGUCAAAGAUCGUAUCUCCAUAAGGAGUGCUAACCCUCAUAUGAACUCCUUAGCAGCAUCCCUAUAACAUCUAUGCACACAAUUGCCAUAAAGAAUGCAUCGAUUAGGACUGCAUUUGCUGUAUGCAAGUCUACCCAUCAUGUCAGUCUCCAGUCAAUACUGCACCAGAAUAGACAGCAAGCACUGGCAUAACAGUUGCAAUGGUACAGUCAGUCUUGCCAUCAGCAUCCUGUUGUGCAGAUUGCCUCACCAACCUUAUGUAAACUUCUUGGAAUUGGCCACCAUGAUGAACCAAGGUUUGCUUCAUCAUACAGGGGUAGCCUUUAUAGCCAUGCAAGGAUAGUGAGACUUUUGUUGCAACCAUGUGAGUCUAUGUGCUAAAUUAACUACAGAAGCGACAGCUACCCCCAAAGACAUUUUACAGUAUUUUUUUAAACAGGUACAGAAAAGAAUAUGUUAAACACUUACAACAUUUCAACUUUUAUAUAUUUUCAACUUCAACUGAAUUAUAGCCCCAAAUUUGUUACUGAGAAGUUAAGUAAUACACCUUCAGAUGGCUCCAAUACAGUUUUUCAGCAUAUGGCUUUUCCUGUGUUGAAUGAAAGAGCAUUUUCUGAAUUGAAAAGUGUAAUUUGGAAGAAAUUUGGACCAAAUUGCCUUCAAUUUUUUUAAUUUAACUGUAAAUAUUACAUAUAAGUUGAAUAUGAGUAAUGAUUUUCAUAAAAUAACCAACUUUCAAGGCAACGGAGCACUGUAACUGAAUUCCUUAAUUAUAAUUAAUACAAGAAACUACCCACCCCAAUUUUAAUUAAUAGUAUCAACAGAACAUGUAAUUGUUUUAUUGUUUUCGGGGUUUUGUUUUGUUUUUUGCAAUCCCCAGCCCUUGUCCUGCAAACCUGCACGUAACUAAUUUUACUCCUGUUGUGUAGUUCCACUGAUAAGUGCACAAGGGCUUGCAGGAUUUGGGCCUUUAACCACAAUCUUGCAAAAAUAUAUCAUAUGCAAGUGAGUAAAUGUUUGCACUAUUGAAUUUCCUAAGUAAAAGAAUGGUAAGUUGCAAAAUAGCACAUACCUAUUCAAAGAUCAUAAACCAGUUGAUUGAGAAAGAUAGCAACAAGAACACUGUCAACAAAAUGAGUCACAUCGCUGCUCCAUGUCAACAACGGCAAUGUGAAUACUGUAAGUAUUAGCUAAGAUGGUCAGGGAUGCAACCACAGGCUCCAGGUGUCCCCAACCUCUGACUGCCAGAAGCUGCAGACUGGAAAACGGGAUGGAUCCUGUUCUGUUCACUCCCUCUGAGUUAUCUGGCACCUGCCACUGUCAGAAGACAAGAUACUGGGCUGGAUGCACAGGGGCCUGCGCAGGCAUUUACAUUUGACUGCUUUUGGAGAGGCACAUUAAAUACAUGAUGUUAUGAGGAAGUACAGUACAUCCUCACUAUAACAAAGCCCUGGGGAUCCAAGGCAUUUGGCCAUUAUAGCCAGGGGUUCAUUAUAGCAAAAGAGGGUGGGGGGGAACAGCUCCCUUGGCCACAAGGGGAGCUCAGCUCCCCUGGCUGCUGGAGAGAGAGAGGGCCGGAAGAGCUCGCUCUCUCCCUCCCCUGGGGCCAGAGGAGCUCUGUGCCCCUGCCUGCCCCCCCUUGUACACACCUCUGGCUGGAUGGACCCUUGCUCUGACCUGACCCAGUAGGUCCUUAAGCGGUGGUCCAGACCUGUGAAAGAUCAAUGGUCAUUCGUCCAAUGCCUCAUAUUUUGUUGAUUUCCAUUUCGGUCGAUGUAAGGCUUCAUUGCACGAUGUCACGGCAUGGGCUGUUUGCAGGAAAUGUGACCCCCCCCCCCCGCCCUGAUUUCUUCAUUUCACUCAUUACCGCCAGUCUGCAUGUUUGCUUUUCUAACGGGGUGCCCAGCUCACGAGCAGCAGCAACAACCCGCGCCCCCAAAGCAGAAAAAGCGCGCAGCCCGCACGCCUCGCGCUGCGCCCUGUCUUGCUUCUUGCUGACGGCUGCACGGUGCAGGGCGGAACCCGGCGGCACCGCUCGCGUGGCUGCUGCCGCCCACUGCCCGGGACUGCCCCGGGUUUCUUCCCCUGGCCUGCCGCAGGGCCGCGCUCCGCAGGGUGCCCGGCGGCUACCGCUCCUCCCGGGGCGCGGGGGCCGGGCAGAGCCAGGGGCGCUGCGUGGACGCUGCGGUGGCUGGCCGGACUCGGGAGCGGCUCCCCUCGCUGCGCCCGCGGCCACCUCGCAAGCGAAACCAGGAUUUUCUGCAUUUCUGUGCCGUCAUUCAUCUCAAAGAUUCCCAAAGCAUCUAACCGCACAACCCAUAGGGUGGGAUGACUUCUUGCACCACUGAAAUGCAGCAAGCUCCGGGACUGGUAGUGAAACUGUAAUAGGACAUGGCAACCAGCUUACAGCUUUAUAAGAAAAGUACAUUUCCUCCUCUUCUGAAUAUUUAUCAGCCGUCACAUUGCAGGAAUCAGAAUGACAAAACCCCCAAAAAGAUGAUGAAAGAUGACACCGGGAAGAAGAGGAACAACAAAUCAUCAUUUAGUGAUGAAGACAAGGAAGAUGCAAUGAAACAGGCCCUGCUAGAACAGCGCCAUCUUGAAAACUACAAAAAUCUAUACAGGCUGAGAAAUGCCAUGUACGUGCGUUACAGGGAUUUGUUGAACAAGAAAGUUCAAAAGCAACGAAUUCAGAUCCAAAUGUCUGAUCUCAACUUCAAGCAAACUCUUGAACAGCAAGGAAGAAAAAAGUGUAUCCCUGGACAUCAAGUGCCCUACUGCAAAUUGUCUCACGAUGCUAAGUACCUCAAGUCUAUUCCACAGUCCAGUAAUUACCUGAUUAUAGGAUUGCAGAAUGAGUUAACUAGACAUGGAAUCUUAAAGAACCAGCAAGAUUAUGAAGACUUUUGGACACUGAUCCUAGAGGGCACUCACGGUUCACGGUUCAAAGAAAAACUUCAGGCUAUAAAAUCAAAAAUGGUUGCAGCUAAGUCUUUUCCUUCGCAUCCUGUUGUGAGAACCGGUGUAGCACAGUCAGCCAAUGUCCUUCUGAGCAACCGAUGUGGGCAGCUGAAAAUGAGCUCAGCUUCUCCACCAGGAUCAGUGUCCUGCCAACUUCCAGCUCAUCAUCCAAGUAAACACAUGAAGGCCCAAGAAGAAACUGAGCAAAUAUUUCCUAAGCUGCUGCUUUCUUGGCUUUCUGAAUUGCAGAAAAGGCCUGAAGAGCAAUCCAGAACUCAGGAGGUGAGCAAACCUUGCAAAAGGACUGGGAAGCAUUUCCACCAUGAACGACAUCUGAUUUACUUGCAUCAUAUGUAUCAUCUCGCCCUUCUUAAUAUGACGUCUUCCAAGAGGCUGCUGGAGAAAAAUGGCCAGUUUGCAGUUGCUGAAAAGAGCACAGUGUCCAUGAUCUGAUGGAAUACUUGUUUCCAAGUCAUCAUAAACAACCUGGAAACAGCUCCACUGAAAGAGGGAUAGAGGGAAGCACAUUUCCCAUUUUGCUAGAUAGGAAACCGCAUGAGCAAUGUCACAGGGGCUUCUCCAAAACACGCCUAGUUUUUAAAGAAAUGAAAAACAAUUCAAAGGAGAAACAACAUGAAAAUAAAGGAGCUGUUGAAAUGUGAGUAUGCUACAUGCUUUGCCUAUGCUCUUUAAUUUAGACUGGAAAUAGAAAUUUGUUAUAUGAUAUAUAAUAAGGGUCCCAUCCCCUUAUUCCUUUUGUAAAUUUUACUUGAAACAUUGCAGCUCUUAAGAGUGAUCACACAUUAAAAUACAUGUAGGUGUGAGCUUUCAAAUAUCCUCACUGGUGAAUAUUCAGAGCAUCACACCCUGGUGCUUGCUUCUGAAGUUAAGAUUAAACCUGCUGUGCAAACUCAGGAUACAUUUUAAAAUGUCCAUAAUUUUGUUAUUUUGAAACUAGAUCUCUUCAAGCAAAGCACAUACUCCUCAUGCAGGACUAUGUGCCAUGCAUACCAAGUUGGAAAUUUUAAAAUCAAGCUGAUAUCGAGUUUAUCUGACUGUAGGAAUGCUUGUUAAUAUAUUUCUUACCAGUCAACUGUUCUCAUGUGCAAAUAAAAUCCAUGUUAUCUA